UCCUUUCUCCUCCACGUCACGGGGGCCGCUCGGCGCUCUCCCACCCCCGGCCGAGGGAAAGCAACUCCCUAGCAGGGCGCGCCGCCGAGUUGGCGAAAGGGGAGGAGGCGGGAGCGAGCCGCCGCCGCCGCAGAGGGGCUGGGAGCCCGGAGCGCAGCUCGCGGCCCCCUCCCGGACGGCCUCUGCAGCCGCGGGGACCCCGCGUUCGGGGCUCCCCUGCUCCCUUUCAAUGAAGACAUUCAAAUGCUGUUUUAAAUACCCAGCACAGCAGAAAGUUUUCGUCUUAUUUUUAACUCUAUGGCUGUUCUCCCUGUUGAAGCUUCUAAAUGUGAGGAGACUCCUCUUCCCUCAAAGAGGCAUUUACUUGGUUGAAUACUCCCUGAGUACCUCACCUUUUGUAAGAAACAGAUACACCAAUGUUAAGAAUGAAAUCAGGUAUGAAGUUAACUGUUCAGGUGUCUAUGAACAGGCACCUUUGGAAAUUGGCAAGAGUCUGGAAAUAAGAAGGAGAGAAAUCAUCGACUUGGAUGAUGAGGAUGUCGUGGCAAUAACCAGUGAUUGUGACAUUUAUCAGACCCUAAGAAGGUACCAUCAAAAGCCUGUUUCAAGGGAGGAGAGAAGCUUCCCGAUAGCCUAUUCUUUGGUUGUUCAUAAAGACGCAAUUAUGGUUGAAAGACUAAUCCAUGCUAUAUACAACGAGCACAAUAUUUACUGCAUCCAUUAUGACUAUAAGUCACCUGAUACCUUCAAAGUUGCCAUGAACAAUUUAGCUAAGUGCUUCUCCAAUGUUUUCAUUGCCUCCAAAAUAGAGACAGUACAAUAUGCCCACAUUUCCAGACUCCAAGCUGAUUUAAAUUGCUUGUCAGACCUCCUCAAGUCUUCGGUUCAGUGGAAAUAUGUUAUCAAUCUGUGUGGGCAAGAUUUUCCUUUGAAGUCAAACUUCGAAUUAGUGUCAGAGCUGAAGAAGCUCAAUGGGGCAAAUAUGUUAGAAACGGUAAAACCCCCUAACAGUAAAAUGGAAAGAUUCACUUACCACCAUGAACUAAGACAGGUGCCUUAUGAAUAUGUGAAGCUACCAAUAAGGACAAACAUCUCCAAGGAAGCCCCCCCUCAUAACAUUGAGAUAUUUGUUGGAAGUGCUUAUUUUGUUUUAAGUCGAGCGUUUGUUAAAUAUAUUUUCAACAACUCCCUUGUUAAGGACUUUUUUGCCUGGUCUAAAGAUACGUACUCACCUGAUGAACAUUUUUGGGCUACCUUAAUUCGGGUACCAGGAAUACCUGGGGAGAUUUCUAGGUCAGCCCAGGACGUGUCUGACUUACAGAGUAAGACCCGCCUUGUCAAAUGGAAUUAUCAUGAAGGCCUUUUGUAUCCCCGUUGUACUGGCUCCCACCUUCGAAGUGUGUGUAUCUACGGAGCAGCGGAAUUAAGGUGGCUUAUAAAUGAUGGACAUUGGUUUGCUAAUAAGUUUGAUUCUAAGGUGGACCCUGUCUUGAUUAAAUGCCUGGCAGAAAAGCUUGAAGAACAGCAGAGAGAAUGGAUUACUGUGUCUUCAAAAAAGUUAUUCAUGGCUAAAAGUCCCAUAAUCACAUCAUGAUAAAAUCAUGACAGAAAGAAGCUAUCUGAUAAAUGGAGCUAAUAUGGAACUGUGUGCUAUACUAUGCCCACUAACAUGUGGGCUUAACCUUCUCAUAGUUGGAGAGGUGUCCAAAAUUCCACACAUAAGGCAAAAUGACCUAGGCUUUGAUGACAAUAAGACUGCACUUGGUCGGGUGAUUUUUAUGUUUGUUUUUCCUUGUAAUCUUAUGGAGCUAAAUCAGAGAUCGAGUCAUAUGAUGCCCUCAAGGCUUACCCUAAUCACACUUAAUACUUUAAGUUUUCCACAUAGCCAUCAAGAUUCUACCGAAAAGGUGUUGGCGUGUGCGAUAAUCACAUAACUUUUUAAACCACCAGUUUCAGAGUACUGUUUAAGUGUAGUGACCAACUCUCCUCUUGUCUCUUAAUUCAGCUCCCUAGACUUUUCUUAACCUUUAGAAUAUUACACGGAGAGGGGUGCCUGGGUAGCUCAGUUGGUUGAGCGUCUGACUUUGGCUCAGGUCAAGAUCUCA